UACUUAAGGCCACACCUCCUAUCAGCACCAGCUAGCUUGGCAGAGACUAGCUGUGUUGUUCUUAUCUAUUCUCAACAGGUGAUCAGGUAUAGCCUUAUCUUGUCUUCUAGCUCCAGUCCGUGGAUAUGGCUGCUGCUCGUGGUUGUUGUAAAGUGUUUACUGUUAGUUUGGUACCGGCUACUGUUCUGUGUCUUGCUAUUGCCUUCUUUGCCGGUUUCAUUCUCUUACCAACACUCUACACUGAACUGAGCUACAAGGAACAGUAUGCGUUGGUUAUUGAUGCUGGUUCCUCUCAUUCCGAAGUGUUCCUCUACAACUGGAAGUUACCUUUUUACCAAAAGACAGGAAUAGUCAGGCAGAAGACCUACUGUAGGGUUGAAGGUGUUGGUAUCAGUGAGUACAAUGACUCGGUAGCAGCUGCUAACAGUCUCUAUAACUGUGUGAGUGGGGUGGUAAAGGACGUACCUAAAGAUUAUAAUCAUGAAGUGAAGGCGUGGCUUGGGGCUACUGCUGGAAUGAGAUUAUUAAAACGUGAAAAUGAGUCUCUUGCCAAUGACACUAUCAAUGCAAUCAAUGAUAAAUAUAACAAUAAAAGAUUUAAGAACAAGGACUGGACACUUCACAUGAACGCCAGGAUACUCAGCGGAGAGGAAGAGGCUCUUUCUGGCUGGAUCACUACUAACUACGUUAAUGGAACAUUUGAAAGGAAAUAUCCAGGGGAUGAACGGGGUCUAUCAACUACCAAUGGAGCGUUGGAUAUGGGCGGAGCCUCAAUGCAGAUAUCAUACAAUGAAAUUGAUGAUACUGAUGGUAAUAACACCAAGACUGUCUCACUCUUUGGAGAGACGUAUGAUGUUUAUGUGAGGAGUUACCUGUGUUAUGGUAUCAAUGAAGCUUCAAGGAGAAUACUAGCCUACGCUGUGAAGAAUGCAUCUUAUGCCAGUACAGUUGAGUUCCCUUGCUAUCAUACUGGUUUUAUAUUCCAGACUAACUCGUCUUACCUGUUUGACAAUCACUACUGUACACAUCAGUUAGGUUCUGGUGAUGGUAAUUUCACAAAUCACACCAUCAAGGGGUCCAGUAAUGCCGAAAUGUGUUGGGCAUUAAUUAGAAGUGCCAUGAAUUUUUCUGUUAACAUAUCCAGUGGAGAACCCAUUGAAUAUACUUCACCUAAUCCUCAUGGAAUCUUUUAUGGUUUUUCUAAUUUUUAUUACACAUCCGAUGCUUUUAAUGUGUCAAAAUUGAUUCCAGAACAAUUGGAUAGUUUUAAUCAAAGUGUCAGUAAACGUUGUAGCAUGGACUGGAAUGAAGUUGAUUCUACUGAUGAUAGUUACUACAAGGCAUUCCGCUGUAUUGAUGGGAUGUUCCUGUUGCAUGCACUGGGAGGAAUGGGGUUCACUAAUAACUCAAAGAACCAAUGGACUAUAUCCUUCCAGUAUCAGGUUAAUGAUAUAUUCAUUGGAUGGUCCCUGGGCUACAUGCUGGAUAAGAGUUCUAGUUUUAUUUCUUCUUAUUAUUUUACUCGUUACCCGUACACUACUGUUGAUCUCAUUGUUGGGAUGAUUGUUCUUCUCAUUCUCUGUCUUAUUUUUGCUAUUUUCUUUGCCUUUACUUGUUCUGCCUGUUCUAAGAGUCUCCGCCCAACUAAAAGUGGAUACACUAACAUCACAUAACGGACUCCUAAACUGAGUGACUAAUAAAAA